GUGUUCGUUUUCGAUCGCAAGGAGAGUGUCGCAUUCGCUCUUUGAUUGUUUCCAUCAACGCAUUUCAGUGAGAAAUCGAGUCGCGGCGGGAGGGAUACCGCGGCCUCAGUGUGCGGCCGUCCUGACCCGACUCUCCGUCUGUUCAGGUUUUCUGUUGGAGCUCGACUACAUGCUGUGAUAGUGAAGCUUCUCAUUGAGCUGCACCGCCCCCUUUUAGCUCCACCCCUGCGCUAUGAGCAGAGGUAGAGGAGGGUUUUAUAAGGAACACUACAGAAAUCCACCGCCCCACCAGCAGGCUAAAGAGAACUACGGCAGACCUGGCCCAGCCCCGUUCCCCUCUAGGGCGGAGUCGGAACAAUUCCCAAAUUUAAAUUACUACAACAGACCUGCACCCCUGCUCGCCUCCGCUCCUCCUGUACCGGACCGUGUCAGUGCGGCCCCCGGUCCUGUGACCUUUGAUCACCCACAGAGUCACAGUGGCGGUCCAGUUCCCAAUUCGUUUUCAUUUAAACAAGCAGAAUUCCUGAGAGGGCAGACCUCUGAGGCACCGCAGUUUAGAGGCGGUCCACGGGGACGAGGGCCAAGAUUCGGCUGGUCGCCAAGUUCUUCAUACCUGCCCCAGUCAGGGUACAACAGGUACAUAAACCCCAGUAGCAACGCGAGGGGCAAAAGGGUCCAAAGUUUAGCAUAUUUAUCAGGUACAGGAGCAUCACGAGCGACUCCAGCCCCUCGAUACCUCAAUCCAAACCAGUCCCAAGGCAAAAACAACCGACAGGAAUGUGUCCAAACAGAUCCUUUUUGUGACAACUUUAAGAAUUUGUCUCUUCAACAAAACAGAGAAGGCCCCGACCGACACUUUUCACCCAGGAGCUCAGCAAGUUCAAGGGUAAAGAAAACAAACAUCACUUUUACUGACGAGAUACUGAACCAAGUGCACAGAGCUUUGGCUGCUUUGAAGCCAGGGGAGAGUAUUCCUGCUAAAGUACUGGCCAAAAAACUUGCUUUACCCAAGAAGGUAGUAAACAAAGCUCUGUAUUCUUUGGAAAACUCACAGAAAGCGUUCAAGCAAGGGCUCACGCCUCCUAAGUGGGCGUUGUGUAGAGAGACUGUUAGAGCUGAGGAGAAUCAAACCCCUGGGACUAAAGGUCCACCUCUCCAGCAGCACCUUGGUGCACAGCAGGCUGAAGCCGAGGCCCACCCAGAAACAGAAAACCAGGCACGAGCCACAGAAGAAGAUUCAGACACAGAGUCCAGUUCUUCUUACGGUUCCUCUUUAGAAAUAAGUGAUUCUGAAGAAGAUCGACACGUCAACGAAGAACAAGCAGGAAUAAGCAGCUCUGCUGAUCAGGAGCUUCAUUUUCCCACCAUGGCAGAACAAAAAGAGCAAAUUUUACAGUAUCUGCUGCAGUCAGGCGAGACCACGGCUCUCAUCAUAGCCAAAAAUCUCGGCUUUAACAGUCCCAAGCACAUCAAUCACAUCCUAAACGCUCUGGAGAAGCAGGGCGAUGUCAUUAGGAACAGUGAAUUUCCCUAUUUGAAAUGGGAUCUGUCCCCCCACCGCAAGGAGAAGAUGGAGAGGAGCUUGAAAGCUGCACAGAGCAGCUCCGCUGUGAGGAGUCAGAUGGAGGUGGAGGUCAAGAAAGAAGACGUAGACGAGCCCAUCUCUGUGUCAUCGUCUCUACCACCUGUACCAGGCCUCGAGCCACUGCCACCACUGAUGGACCUGAUGCAAGACCAAAGUCCAAAUAACACUCAACCCCCCGUAACUCCCCCUAAAGAUGGGAUCGAGCAGUGGGCCACCGACGACAUCCCGGACUUCCUGAACGCCAUCCGCCGAGAGACGGACGCUCUGAAGAAGCUGGAACAGAAGACCAACGUGGUGGGAACCGUUGCCGUGUCGGUCGCUGCAGCCCCUCCACAAAACCUGUGGGCCAAGCUGCAGGAGGUGAGGCUGAAGAACCCCGUCAGUGGUCUCAUGGAGUACGCCCAAUAUCUGGGCCAGAACUGUGAGUUCUUGCUUCUGGACCAGUCGGGACCCUCUCACGACCCAAGGUUUCGUAUGCAGGUGAUGCUCAACGGCAGAUUGUUUCCCGCCACAGAGGCUUCAAGUAAGAAGGUUGCAAAAAAGGACGCGGCUGCAGCCACCCUGCGGUUACUCAUCAGUGAGAUGCAGGGAGGGACGGCCUCGUUAAGUGAUGGGAAUCCUGUCAGUGGAGAACAGAUGUUGGACUUAGACACAAAUGCCUCAGCUGAAAACACGGUGGGGACGUUUGGCUCCAGCACUGUGGAGGGGUCAGUAGAGGGACCUCGCCAGCCUCUGUCCAGGUCUCUGCCCGGUGGGAAGAAUCCGGUCUCUGUCCUGAUGGAGUACAGUCAGCGCAGUGGGAAUCCCAUCGAAUUUAUCAACACUGGGCAGGCUGGUCCACCACAUGACCCGAGGUUCAUGUUCAGGGUGAAGGUCGGAGAGGUUUUGUUUUCGGAGGCCUCCGCUCCGAGCAAAAAGGCGGCCCGCCAGCUGGCUGCAGAGGAGGCUGUCAAAGAGCUGAUGGCUGACGGGAAACUGCAGCUCAACAAGCCUCAGCUGCCCCUCAUUCCUUCCCUCGAUGACGAUGCCUCCAAGACCCCCUGUCCCUCUUUGCCUCCUCUGACGGAAAACGAGCUGCGAGCGGCCCACGAGGCAGGAGUUGGGGACCUCAUCAAUCACCUGAACAACAACGCAGUGUCCGGGCUUUUGGAGUACGCCAGGGCUCGAGGCUUCGCUGCUGAGAUCCGCCUGGUGGGCCAGUCGGGGCCACCGCACGAGCCGAAGUAUGUGUUCACCUACCAGGCCAAGCUGGGUGGUCGCUGGUUCCCUGCAGUGUGCGCCUCCAACAAGAAACAGGGAAAGCAGGAAGCAGCCGACGCUGCUUUAAGGGUUUUGAUUGGAGAAGCUGAGAAGGCCGCACGAACUGGAGAGCUCAUCCCAACGGAGCUACCAGUGAGCGGCAGCACUCUGCACGACCAGAUCGCAAUGCUGAGUCACCAGCGCUUCAACGCCCUGACCACACGGAUCCAGCACAGCCUUCUCGGACGCAAGAUUCUGGCCACCAUCGUCAUGAGGAAGGGCGAGGGCCUGGGGACCGUCGUCAGCCUUGGAACCGGAAACCGUUGUGUCAAAGGGGAGGAGCUGAGUCUUAAAGGGGAGACCGUCAAUGAUUGCCACGCUGAAAUCAUCUCCAGGAGGGGCUUCAUUCGGUUUCUGUACAGCGAGCUGCUCAGACACUACGACGGUGCAGACGACAGCAUAUUCGAGCCGGCGGAGGACGGCAAGCUGAAGAUCAAAUCUGACAUUACCUUUCACCUCUACAUCAGCACGGCACCUUGUGGAGACGGCGCUCUGUUCGAUAAGUCGUGCAGCGAGUCGGGGGAUGAGGUUCAGGGUCACCAGCCUCUGUUUGAGAAUGUGAAGCAGGGCAAGCUUCGCACUAAAGUGGAGAACGGUGAGGGGACCAUCCCAGUGGAGUCCAGCGCCAUUGUUCCCACCUGGGACGGCAUCCAGCACGGUGAGAGGCUGCGGACCAUGAGCUGCAGCGAUAAGAUUCUGCGCUGGAACGUGCUGGGCCUGCAGGGGGCGCUGCUCUCCCACUUCCUGCAUCCCAUCUACCUGAAGUCCAUCACGCUUGGCUACCUUUACAGCCACGGCCACCUGACACGGGCCGUCUGCUGUCGGCUGGCCAGAGACGGUGAAGCCUUUUCCAGCAGCCUCCCUCCUUCCUUCACGCUGAACCACCCCGAGGUGGGCAGAGUGAGCGUCUACGACUCCACGCGCCACACAGGCAAGACCAAGGAGUCCAGUGUGAACUGGUGCCUGCAGGACCAGCACAAUGUGGAGGUGCUGGACGGGACCAAAGGAAAACUGGAUGGGAACAAGCAGGCCAUGUCCCGGGUGUCCAAGUCCAACCUGUUCUGCUUGUUCCGCACUCUGUGCCAGAAGUGCAGCCGCUCCGACCUCCUCUGCCUGCCCUCCUACGCCCAGGCCAAGAUGUCCGCCCUGUCCUUCCAGCUGGCCCGGCAGCAGUUCUUCAGAGCGCUCAGCGACCACGGCUACGGCGCCUGGAUCAGCAAACCCAUGGAGGAGAAGAGCUUCGAGGCGGCGGAGGGCAACCGAACCAACGCCGUCUUCCCUCUGGGAUACGAUAACCGAGAGGAGGCCAUGGAGUACAAUCAGGAGGUGCAGAUCAGCGCAGGGUUCUUUAAUUAAUGACAUGUUGGGGGGGUAGACAAACAGAAAGCAGGGCUUCGUGUUGUAAAGGAAAAGAACAAUCAGAGGGCAGAGAUGUGUGGUCUGAGGGCCGGAGGCUGCAGAGACAUGAGAGGGACAGAAGGAGCUCACACCUGCAGGCUCCACAGGUAAACCUGUUAAAUAACAUCAUGACAUCACUUUCUCUCCAUGUCAACUCACCUGCUUCAUGCUCACCUGUUAACUGUUAGUUCUUGUUCUUAAAACUGUUUCACAUUUCUCUAAAAACAAGUUCCUGUUUUAAUGUUUUCACUCUGAAACUGUUUAAAAUGACAAACCAGACCAAAGUUUUCUGUUCUUAUGACGACGUUUUAUUUGAAUUUUGCUCCAGGAGAUCAGGCUGAUUUGGAUCGGUUCUGAGUUCUGAUUAAAGGUUUGUGUGAACAGAUA